CCGUUCGGCGUAUGUAUUUUUGUCUAUCAACGAUUGAAGGGGCACAUUUAUUUUUCCCACAUUUUCUUCUUUUUAAUAAGAACAAAAUAUUGAUUUCACGUCAAACUGCUGCCAAAAUUUCAGGCCGAUUAACGAUUAUUAAUUGGCACGAUUCAAAAAUGAAAACUUGUGACUUUCCAUGCCGAUUGAAAAUACUUCACAAUAAUACUUUAUCGUUAUAAUAAACAAUACAGCAUAAUAAUUUUUCCAUCAAAUCAACGAAAAGUUUCACGUAUGCAUUUCGCUCGUAAAACGAGAGAAUAAUAUUGCAUACGAACGAAUACAUUUUCGUGAGAACAAACAACGAAACCAAUAGAGCAAUUCGUGUUUUCAACGGGAAAUCAAGGGGAAAUGAAAAUGUGGCUUGAAGAUGCAUAAAAGACAUCCGCAAUGUAAAAAUCUUGAUUUUGUCUCUUCCCGUUAAUCGAUGAUCGCCCAGGGCGUUUCUAAGCAACCAAAGUACGACGAGUUGGAAUAUGAGGGGACGCUUUUGACGCAUAAACUACCUUAUUUUUCUACAUUCAAAAAAUGGAUUAUACAACGAUACAAACGAAAUGGAUAAAAUUCGGAAAGAUUCGUGACUUCGUGUUCGUUGGAAAGGAUAUCCUCGCGACAGCUUCCGGUUUGCACGUUCGUUUCAUCGACGUAAACACAAAGGAGAAAAGAAUCGAAUUGUUCGACGAUGACAACAGAGGCAGUGGCGUAUCGAAUUUAUCAGGACACACGACGAUACCGAUGUUCUCCGUGGCGGAUAAAGAAUCUAAUCCCACUAUUAGAAUAUUCACUUAUCCGAGGAUUCAUAAAAUAUCCUCUUGUACGAGUAUGGAAGAAACGAAUGGUUAUUUAUCAUGUACCUUUGCCGGUACGGAUUAUUUUAUAGGAUUGACAAGUUUUCCAAAUUUUCAACUGGUCGUUUGGCUAUGGCAAACUGGUGAUAAGGUUUUCGUUAAAAGUACCAAACUAGAGGAUUUCGUUCAAACGAUCGCAUGUUCGCCAUUUUCUCCUCACGCAAUAGCGCAAUUUGCACGAACCACCGGUAAACUCAGCGUUUAUCGAAUCUGUGGGUCUUCGAAAAUCGUCACCUUAUAUCCGAUAGAAAUGAACUCUCUCGAAAAGAAAUUAACCUCCGUUUGUUGGACAAACGAUGGUAAUCUAUUGCUCUGCGACGAAUUUUCCAAUGUUUCCUCGAUAAGCGCAGACGGUGGUAAUCGAAACGUUCUCAUAGAAGAAUAUUCAAAAUCUACAAGGCAUCCCUACGAUCGUUAUCCCUUCGUUGUUGCUUUUAAAGACGGCCUCUUUCUCGUUAAUACACGAACAAAUGAAAUCGCAUUUUACAGAAAAUCAUUUAUCAGAGACUCGAAAGAAUUCUGGCAAAAGGUAUGGUCUUCGAAUAAUAAUGAACGCGAGCUAAAGCCAGUUCGAGCUAAAGCGCAUAAACAAAGGGACAGUCUAUUUCUUCACGAUGAGACCGGACAAAUCAUGGAGAUUACUAUGUCACACGAUUAUGUGCCGCGCUUUGAAAUUGUUUAUACGGACGGUGUCGAAUACAAAGAGCUUGUAAAGAUAGCAUCACGCUCCUCUCAUUUGGCUGCUAUCGAUCGAUUUGAUUAUUUGAAUAUUAUCGAUUCCUUCGCAGGACAGAUUGAGAAUAGGAUCAGUUUGAAGGUGCACGGUCAAGUUGUUUGCGCCAAGGCACAUCCGAACUUGCCGAUAAUUUUCACCAGCAGCAUUACAGGAAAUUGUUUGUUCAUCGAUGCUUCGACGAAUAAACCGAAAAUCUUAAGGUGCUAUCAUCUGCAGAACAUUUCAUUGGACAAAAUGAAGUUCUCUAGCGAGGGAAAAUUUAUAGGAAUUGCAAAUUCCACGGUUGGACGUAUAUUUGUCAUUGGGAAAAAUAUCAACGAUGGCGAUUCGAGUAGCGUUGGUUUAUUCGCGCCAAAUAUCCAAAUAACUGAUUUCCUCAUGUACGAUCGAAACGAUGACGUUAUCAAAAUCUUGAUUCUCCUUACGACAAGGACAAACGUUAUGACAGGAAAUAAAUUGAUAUUGUACGCAUGCAAUGUCAAAGGAUAUAUCGAAGAGAAAAUAGAAUGUGUAAUAGAUCUGUUAAAUCACUUUAAAUCCUUACAAUAUGGUCCAAGAAGAAACGUAGAUAUUAUAGGUGUACCGUAUUUAUCGAGACAAUUGCAUCGAAUGGAGAUAAAGGACGAUUUUAACGAUCUCGUACUGACGGAGGCGUUGCCGACGAUGCAUCGAUUAAAAAAUAUUCAAGUAUACGUAGAUCGUGAUCGUAUCAUAACUUUUGGAUACGACGGUUUGAUCGUGAUAAGAGAUAAUACGAAUAUUCGAAGGAUCCUUGCCAUUUUUAUGGUCCAUCAUCGAAACGAAGGUGGUAUUAGGUCAGCUACGACGAUCAACGAGACGAUCGUAUCGCUCGGAAAAAAUGGCGAUCUAAUGGCCAGCAAAUUAUGUCGUCAUCACGUCCAAUCGAUAGAUGAUAUGUUCUCGAUCGAAGCGAACUCGGCUUUCUUGAAUGUUUCCGACGUUCCUUUCAAAGCCGACGAUUUAUUCUACAACGAAGGACCAAAUACUUAUUUGGAGAAUAUUCAAAAAGUUCGAUGGGAAAAGGAAACGAUAGAAGGGACGUCAGCUAGACGUGCGAUCCUUUUAGAAUUAAACGAACUGAAGAGCAAGAUAAAACUUUUGCUUGAUUCGAACGAGAAAGAAACGAUACCGGGACGUCUACCGAUAUCCUCCUACGAUUUGGACGUGGAAUAUAGAAAGUAUAAAAUUGAAAGGGCCAGAUUGAAACGCGAAGAAUUGAAAAGACUUUACGACGAGGAAAUCGAGGCACGUUAUAAAAUUUGUCAAUAUUUAAGAAAAACAUUUUGGGAUUGUGAACGCGUUAAAGCUUGCCAACUUAGAUCCAUAUUUGCCGAUAUUAUUGUUAAAAAUUAUCCCUUUGGUAUAGUCGACGUAGAUGUAGAUGAUUUUCGUACGUCGGAAGGGUACUCGAUGGAAAUACUUGAUACCAUUUCCAGGCUGGAGGAAUAUUAUCAAUCGUCAGAAAAUAAUAAUGAAAACGUAAUAAAUAAAGUAACUAUCGAAAGAAAUAUGAGAAGCGAACUUAACACGAUAGAUCGAUUUUAUGAAUCGGCUAACAGCGACGAAAGAUUCCUCUUAUCAGGGACGAGCACUCAUAAAUGGAUUAAAAAUGAGACAAUUAAAUUGACUCAUCAAUUAAAACGAACGCGAGACUCAUCUCUGAAUGGCCUCGAUAAAAUUAACGUUAUUAGAAGUCGUGAGUAUUUAUUGAUGAAUCAUUUCAACGAGCGUUUCGACGAAAUGAGAUCGUUGAAAGGACGAGAAAUGGAAACGGCGAGGGAACAAGAAGAGAGAUUGAAACGUUGUGCUUUGGAGAUAAAUUCGACGUUUGAGAAUAAGUGUAGGAUCGAGCCCUCGAUAAUACCGAUUUGGCAUCAUUCCGAAAUACCCGAUUAUGUCGUUACCAUUAUUGAGAAGAACGAGGUAUCGGAUAUUUAUCCUCACGUAACUUCGCAAGACGAAUCUAUCCAAGAGGAGAAAGAAAAUUUCAAGGAGUGUAAUUUAAAACUCAACUCGAAGGAUUACGAUUUCUACGCGUUAGCUUUAGAAAAGAUGAUGGACGGUGUCUUAGAACUUAGAUGGGAGGAUGAAAUAAAGAAAGAUAUUCCUAAACCAGCUUGUCUAUUGGAAAACAAAGGACCCUUCAAGCUUACCCCGGAGGAGAUAAAAUCUCAGGAAUCGUAUAAAAUUAAAAUGGAACGUUUGCAAUCGGAACGGGAAAAGUACCGAUCGAUUUUGGAAACGGAAAUGAAGGAGACAAAGGGUCGGUCGGUUGAUCAUUCAUUCAUUCUCGAUAAAUCUUUUCGUAAUAUCAAUAUUCGAUCUUCUAAUAGAUCCAUUCGUGCAGAUGAGAUAACCAAGAGAUUUAUGUCCUUUGACGAGAAAUUGAAGAAUUUCGAGGCACAUAGGACAGCCAUGGAUUCUUCGAUUCUUCAAGAGAAACUUUUGAGGCUUCGUGAGAUAAGAAGGUAUCGUCGUAUAUGCAACGAGGAUGCUAAAAUCGCACGUUUUAAAGCGAAAGAAGUAGCCGGUAUCACGGAUAAGGUUCAAAGACUCGUGGAGGAUUGCUCGAUCUUCGAAACGAUCGUCGACGAGUUGAAAAAUCGAUACGAGAGUCUCGUUAAACGUGACAAAGCCCUCGAAGGGAAGUUCCCUAGCGAGUUCGGUGAUUUGAAGCAAACGAAGAUCGAACACUUGUUCAGGCAUUAUAAGAGAAGACCGAGGAUCGGUAAUCUUGCUUGUACAUCUAUCACGUAUCUAACGGAACUCGGAAGGUGUGUGAUAACCAAUGAAAAAUCCGAUAUAUUGCCGAUCGAGUGUACGAAUUAUCUUCGAAAUCUUCAAGCUCUCGACUCGAUUCCAAAUAACGUUUCAUCCUUGAUAGAUGAUAUCCAUUGGAAGACUAUGUGUAAAUUAAGAAGAUUGAAGAUCGAGAUGGAGAUGAAGGUCAGAUGCUGUGUCGUUGAAUUGGCCGAAGCGGAAGAAACCUUGGCCUUUUAUUAUAGAAGCAAACUAGCCGCGCAAAAUAAGUUGUACCGAUCAAAAGCGGAAUUGGAUAAAGAAGAAAUAGAAUUUCAUCAAUACGUGGAGGAUAGGGAGAUACAAUUGGUAAUGAAGAUGGGACAAAUCGAGGUAUCUAUCCUUGGCCAAGGUCUCGACGAUUUCACAGACGUUGUUUUGAUAUCACGCCGAGAAUUUCUUUCAACGAACGAAGAAAUCAAGAAAGCUGAUAAAGAAAAGUUAAUGGCUAUCAUAAAGUCCGUUAAUUUAAGAAAGAGAAUAUCUUACCAAAAGUGUCGACACGAAUGUCUACGAUAUACAUUGAAGUAUCUUCUGAUGGAAUCGAAAAGUAUUAGCGAGGUCAAGAUAACGAGAGAAUUACAAAAAUACUUGGAUAAAGUAUCGAUUGCGACAAAUCCAAGAAUAGAGUAUAAGGAAAUUGAACGGAAUGCGCGCGCCAUGGCAGAACGAUACGAGAAAUUAUUGGAUGGCGAGAGAGAACGUCUCGAGAAAAUCACGAAGGAUAUAAUAUAUUGGCGAGAGAGUAACGAAAGAUUGACGAACGAGAUCGAUAGAAUUAAAUUGAAAAAUCGAGAAUCUUCAUCGGAAAGGCAAAAUUACUCGAGAAUAAAGGAUAUUAACUUUCGUAGAAAGAAACUUGCCGUAUUUAUGAAAAGGACCGAGCUAACGAAGAAUAUCAAGGAAAAUUACGAUCAACUUUUAACAUUGCACUCGCGAUUAGAGUCGCUUAGACUUCGAAUUUAUCCGACUCUUCGAUUCAAUAAAUCGCGCUUGGCAUAACAAUUUUAAACGCACUUUCUUAUCGCCGUAAGAAUACAAACAACAAAACAAGAUGAGUUCUUUCCCGACACGAUAAUGUCGACCUGUAAUAUUAUAUAAUAAAAAUUCCCGUUUUUCGGGUCAAUUAAUGACCUUGUCGAUUAAUUUUAAUCUAUUAACCUUUUC